AUGGGGGCCGAGGGGAAAGAAUUUGAAUGGCCGAAGAUUUCGAUGGCCUGCUGUGAGAUAAGAUGCCACCCAAAGCUCAUCCGAAUCGCUGAUUUUCUCAACAUCUUUCUCGGAUUAUUCUUAAAAUACGGUUCCUAUCUCGGUUGGAUUCCCGUCAUUUACUACUACAACCAGAGACCGAUCAUUCUCCCUGGCUCAUCCCUUCUUUCAGAAAAUUUUCAAGCGGCCAAAAUCUUUUCUGAAUCGAUUCUAGAGCCAAAAGAUGAUUCUCUCAAUUUCAAAGCAAUAGGAGAAAGUCUCGAUUCCGAAAUUUCAAAUCUCAAGCCAACAGAAGCACAAGUCCAAGAACUCGCUUUUGAGACAAAAUUCUUCAAACAUCAUCGCGAAAAAGCCCCCAAAAAAUCUCCGCCUGCUCAAAAUCCUGUGCUCAAUUUGAAACCAUUUGUUGCUCCGAAACCGGUUUUAGGCGAUGAUGUUUUGAGAACUGCAGCAUGGGAGAAACCUGCUGCCCCAGAAAAACCGGAAGAAAAGAGAUUGCCGCAGAAAAAUGAUUGGAUUUUUAACCCGGCGCCGUCGGAAGAACCAGAAGCCACUGAAAAACCUGCUCCAUCACCAGCUCAAAAUCUGGCAGCCAAUCCUCCUCAAGCUCCAGUAGCCCCAGUCAAUCCUGCCCCACCCCAAAACCCAACAUCCAAAACCCCCGGCUCCAAGCCCAGUCGUCCCCAAAAAGUCCCAAAACCUCCCCACCCAGAAGUCCAAGUUCAGCCAAAACCUCCAUGCAUUCGAGUAGAAGACAAAGCGAACUGCGCAAAGAAUGGAAAUGAUGGAACCGACGGCGAACUUGAGCUCGCAAAUCAUUUGGCAGCAAAACGAGCAGAAAAACCAGGAAAAUUUUUCCUUCUCAAGCAUCAUCAUUGGAUGAAUUUCACAGAUGUUGGAAUGGACCAGCCGACAUACAUCAAUGUGAUUCGACAUCCAAUGGGGAGGUUCAACUCGGUCUACUAUUUUCAGCGAUAUGGGUUCGAAAAGAUGGGCACUGAUGAGCGACAAGGAGCAAGGCAUACCUGGAAGGGAUCUGAAGAAGAUUUUGAACAAACAUUAGAUCAAUGCGUUCAACGAAAAAGCGACGAGUGCUUCGAACGGGGUGGACCACUUUGA